AGACUAUUAUUGAGACUGUUUGACGUUUGACUGCUAACCUCAAUCUUCAAUCCUUGACAGACGUUUAUUUAUUUACUUCAUUUAACGUUAUUUAAUAUAUAAAAUUGUAUGAAAAUUUGUUACAAGAAUGGCUGAAACCAGAGAUAUGCCCAAAACAUCUAGUAUCAAAAUAUGCCCGGGUGCUUUGGUGUGUGAAGAGGCUAGAUUGAGGGGUGAUAUAACAAUAAGUAAAGAUUGUAUUAUUCAUCCAAUGGCAACAAUUAUUGCUGAAGCUGGACCUAUCAUUAUAGGAGAAAGCUGUCUAAUUGAAGAACAAUCCAAAAUAAUUUAUAGGUUACCGUUUGACAAGGUUCAAAAUAAAGAUAACAUUGAACCUCUUAUUAUUGGACCACAUAAUGUUUUUGAAGUUGGGUGUCAUGUCGAAGCCUGCAAAAUAGGUUCUAACAAUGUGUUUGAAUCAAAAUGUUUUGUCAGUAAUAAAGUUACAGUUACUGAUGGUUGCAUAAUAGGAGCUGGCUGUCAACUGAAAGAGGAACAAGAAUUAAAAGAAAAUAUUAUAGUAUAUGGUGAACGAUGUCAUAUGAGGGAAGGUUUGAGUAAACCUUUGCCUCAGUACUCACAAAUGGAAACUCUUAUGAAGAUAAUUCCAAACUAUCAUCAUUACAGAAAACCAAAUAUUAAGCCAAAGUAAUAUACACCAAAAUUGACUGUCAUGAUAACAUUACAAUUCUGCAUUCAACUUCUAUUCUGAGUGAAUAUUUGUAAUGUUUAAAACUGAUAAUGGAUUUUCGACCAUUUGUAUUUUUAUAAGUAGUUAUAGCAAAAUAAUAUUUUAAUUUGUAUGUGAUGUUAUAGUGCUUUUAACAUUCAAACUGUAAUUUUACUUUAAUUUGAUUUUUACUUAUUCAUUCUAAUCAAUGAUUGUAUUGUUAUUAUUUAUAUAUUCAAAGUAAUAUAAUAGUGAUAAAACUAACAUCAAACACUGUAGAAAGUGUUGCUACAAUUUCAAAUUGUACUCCCUGAAAGAUAAGUAUGAUAAUGAAAGUAGUUUAGGUACAAUUUAUUCAUUGUAAGUAUUUAAUAGUAGAUAGUGUAGACAUAUUAGUUUUAUUAUUUAUUAGAAUCAAUUACCUAGCUGAUGUAUGCAGUUCCACAAUAUGGACAGAUAGUGUGAAAAGUAAGAUAGAUAAAAUAAGUUAUGAAAAUUUUAUCUCACAUAUAUCUUUGAAUUUUGUAGUAUCCAAUAGUAUAUGAAUCAAUGAGCGUUUGAAAGUUCUUAGCUCAGAAGGUUCUUUCCUGGAAUCAUAACUAUUGGGAUUAUGGCGGAUGCGCUGAAAUCAAUUGUGCGCUCGCCAUCAAAUAGAUAAUAAUAAUAAUGACUUUAUUUUCACAA